GAAAAGGGGAUAGAAAAUGUGGCACACAAAAGGAGGUGGUGGUGCAGGCAAGAAAGGAGGGGGCAAUGGGUUGGUUGCUGUGGCCAUCGACAAGGAUAAAGGGAGCCAACAUGCUCUAAAAUGGGCCACCGAACACCUUAUUUCAAGAGGCCAAACUGUUGUUCUUAUUCAUGUUACUAAACCCAUCAAUAAUGUUGUUAGUAGUGGAACAAGCACAGAUGGUCAUAAAAAAUUUAUGAUGGACAAGCUAUCCAAGGAAUUGUUCCUCAGUUUCCAUUGCUUCUGUACUCGGAAAGAUAUACAAUGUCUUGAUGUGAUACUUCAAGAUUCGGAUGUUGUAAAAGCUUUGACAGAAUAUGUAUCUCAGGCUGCAAUUGAGAAGUUAGUUAUGGGUGCCCCUUCAAAAGGUGCUUUUAUGAGAAAAUUCAGGGGGGAUACUCCCACCUGUGUAACCAAAGCAGCACCAGAUUUCUGCACUGUCUAUGUGAUUAACAAAGGAAAGAUCUCUUCGAUACGAAACGCCUCUCGUUCGGCUCCAUCUUCUUCUCCCCUUCUGGAUCAGAUUAAAAUACAAAGUUUUCCCGAGAAUCCUCCAAAACCAGGUUCACCUUUCUCUCUUUUUUCUCCAGCAGCUCAAGUGACCAACCCUCCUACUUCAUUUGACGGUUCUUCCAAGUCGUCAUUGCCAGGUACAAGGGCGAGCCUGAUGAAAGCGUUUGGGGAUUUCCCCGAAUCUGAUACGGAUAUCUCAUUCGUCAGCUCAGACAGACCCAGCACUGAUCGUAACUCCUCCUUGCUGUUCGAUUCAUUCCUCGAUUCAAGCCGACAUUCGCGGUUGUCCUCCAGCACUGAUUACAGCAUAGGAUCCAUGCCUUUAGGGAUCAGGUGGUCUGAUCCACAAAUGUCACAGGAGAGUUCCAGAACCUCUUGUUCAUCUCAAAAUCUGGAUGAGGUUGAAGCUGAAAUGAAGAGAUUGAGACAAGAACUUAAGCAAACAAUGGAUUUGUACAGUAACGCAUGUAGAGAAGCCUUGACAGCAAAACAACAGGCAAUGGACCUGAACCGAUACAAGAACAAAGAAGAAGAAAGAUUGGAAGAGGCAAGACAAGCUGAAGAAGCAGCAAUGUCGGCUGUAGAAGCAGAGAGGGCAAAGUGCAAGGCCGCUGUUGAAGCAGCUGAAGCGGCAGAGAGACUUGCAGUAUCACAAAAACCAUCCAAUUUAGAAGGGGAGGCUCUAAGAGAAGCAAUGGAAUUGAAGAAAAUGCUCAAGGCUUUAUCCAAUAGAAAAAUCCAAUAUCGAAGAUAUACGAUAGAGGAAAUCGAACAAGCGACCGAGAACUUUGCUCCAUCUCUAAGGAUCGGAGAAGGGGGUUAUGGACCUGUUUAUAAGUGUUAUCUUGACCAUACACAGGUUGCAGUCAAAAUUUUACGACCAGAUGCAGCUCAAGGGAGAUUACAAUUUUUGCAAGAGCUUGAAGUACUGAGCUGCAUACGCCAUCCGAACAUGGUGCUUCUUCUAGGUGCCUGUCCUGAGUAUGGCAUUCUAGUCUACGAAUACAUGAGCAACGGAAGCUUAGAAGAUUGCAUAUUUCGGAAAGGUAACACCCCAGUGCUGUCUUGGCAAAUCCGAUUCCGAAUAGCUGCAGAUAUAGCCACAGGUCUGCUUUUUCUCCAUCAGACAAAGCCUGAGCCAAUCGUGCAUCGUGACCUCAAGCCUGCUAACAUUUUGCUUGAUCACAACUACGUUAGCAAGAUCGGUGAUGUCGGAUUAGCAAGGCUCGUACCUGCUGUUGCUGAGAACAUGACACAAGUGCAUAUAACUUCAGCAGCAGGUACGUUUUGCUACAUCGACCCGGAAUAUCAGCAAACAGGAGUACUUGGUGUGAAAUCAGACAUAUACUCAUUAGGGAUAUUGCUUCUUCAACUUAUAACGGCGAGGCAACCGAUGGGACUGACUCACUAUGUAGAGCAAGCAAUCGAGCGAGGCACAUUUUUUACGGAGAUGGCUGACCCUGCAGUGACGGAUUGGCCAGAAGAAACCUUGGCAUUGGCAAAGAUGGCUCUUCAAUGUGCCGAACUUAGGCGUAAAGACAGACCAGAUCUUGGGAAAGAAAUCUUACCAUUGCUUUCUGAACUCAGAGAUAUGGCUGAGGAGAGAAUGGCCCAUUUCUUCUUUGCAGGCAGUCCUGUAUCCUCCCCGAGAUAUUGUCUGAGUGAAUGAUGUUGGCCAUCCAAGGGGCCAAGAUUAAAGAAGAAAAUGAUAGGAUAAAAUUUCAGUCAGAACAUAACAAAGACUAGCUCAAGGAUAUGUGGAAAC